AUGGCUCCUCGUCCGAGUGCUGGUGUUGACAAUGAAGUUACAGUAGGAACAAGAGAUUUCUCUCCAGCACACUUCUUGUUCAAGAUUGAGUCAUUCUCCUUGCUUUCAAAAAAUGGUAUUGACAAGUAUGAAUCAAGUGAAUUUGAAUCAGGCGACUACAAAUGGAAGUUGAUAAUAUACCCUAAUGGGCGAAACACAGAGGAUGGAGGCAAUCAUGUUUCUGCAUACUUGGUUGUAGCAGAUAUAAAUUCUUUGCCUAAUGGCUGGGAAUUUAAUGCCUUCUUCAGCAUCUUUUUGUUUAAUCACGAAUUUGACAAUUUUAUGUUUAUGAAAGGUCAACAACGUUUUCAUCUUAUAAACCCUGAAUGGGGCUUUUCCAAUUUCGUUGCGAAGGAAGAUUUGAUGGAUCCCACUAAUGGAUUCAUUGUUGAUGAUAAAUGUGUAUUUGGAGCGGAAGUGUUUGUCAUCAAGAGCAAAGGCAUUGGAGAAUGCUUGUCUUUGUUUAAAGUAACUGAUUCCUAUACGCGAGAAUUCAAGAUAUCAAACUACUCUGUAAUGGAAAAUCAAUGGUUUUCUGAGGAAUUCAUCACUGAUUCACUGGAGAACAUGAAUGGAAGCUUUGUGUGGAUACGAAAGGAUAUGGUGAACAAGAGGGCACUGUGUUUCGAUAUUCUUGGAUGCGACAUUAAUGGCUGGUUUUCGCCUUCUUGGCCCAGUUUGGGAUGGUCAAAUUUCAUUUCGAUCACUGACAUAAAUGACCCUAAGAAAGGAUUUGUCGUUGGAGAUAGCUGCGUCAUUGAAGUUGAAAUUUCUAUUAAAGCUGUUGUACGAAGUUUACCCUUGGCUUCACUAUAUAGCAUGGAUUUUACUUCACAUCGUGAAAUUGGAUGUAAAUGGUACUUUCUUCCUACAGCGACGUUAGGGAAAAUAUCCACGCUUAAACUAUUGCUGUUUGGGUAA